CAACAUGUCCGUUCUAUAAGGCUCUGUUCGCAUCCUCUCUCACCGCACUUCAGUGGAAUUCGCCCUAGUUGUUUACGCUCACUUGGGUGAUUCCACUGAAGUGCGGUAAGAGAGGGUGCGAACAGAGCCUUAUAAACCGGAAUAACGUUAUACAUGUUGGCAACGCGACGUUAUCAAAUUCACGUGUAAUUUAGGUAGGUGCUAGCAGUCCAGUAUUAUAUAGUCAAAGGGUUUUUCGGUCGUUUACCUUGUUUAACGGACAUUUUGGAAUUUUGAUGCGUCAUAUUUUGUGUUUUAUCAUCGAAUUAGUCAUCUUUUAAUCAUUUAUUGGAUAUUUUCAAGUCUAAAUGUGUGUUUUAUUGUGUUAUUCAUCCAUUAUGCGUACGUAAUGAUACCUUAAUGAUUGCGAAAUUCGAAUUCGAUUAAAGAUGGAAGUGCGUGAAUGCGUCGACUGUCGAGAUACAAUUAAGUAUUAUUUACUCAUCGACUCGUUCGAUAUUAAAACUAAAAUCGUACCAGACGAAUGAAUUAUAAAACAUGUAAACAAAUAUCAAUCAUCGAAGUGUUUGCUCAAUCUAAACGUUCAUAUUGGUUCCUGAUUGGUGCAGUUUACAACACUCAAAAUGUGUUUCUUUCCAUUCCAUAAUAAUUAUUCAUGAAUCGAACUGCAGAUGUGCCUCGGUUUCGGUAUCUACAUCCACAACAACUCCAGUUUCAGCUCCAGCUACAUCUGCAUCUGUGGAAGAUGAAUUGGUACCUUUGGAGCUUCCUGCCGAAUACGAAGAUAAGAUCAAGACCGUGUUACCGGAAUUACUCGAUAAAUUGGGCGUACCAUCGAGUUUAAUCGCUAGUAAUGGAUUAGGUAUAUUGUCGUCUUCGUUAUCGAAUCUGUCGAAUGGAUUUGGGUAUUUCAAAUCUUGGUCAAACAACGAACAAGAUUCAGCCUGUAAAUCGAAACUAUUCGAUGGCCGAUUGAAAGUAACCAAAUUCGGUAUGGCAAUGUGUAGGAAACAAUGCCUAGACGCCAGCACCCUUCGAGUUAACUUUAUACAAACCGCAUUAGAAACCAUUAACACCACCGAUGGCAGCAUAGAAGCAGAUAUCGAAGUAAACAGUCAAAGUAAAAUGUACGAAUGCGUAUUCAACGGUCAACGAUACGAUUGCGUUUGCAUGAAAAACGAAACGCUGAAAGUUACACCUACUUUGAAAGCAUUAAUAUUUCAACUCUUCCAAGGCGGCGACAAACGUCGAGAUUUGAUUCCAGAUCACAGUUUAGGAAAGAUAGUAAUGUUGAUUUUAUUAUUCCUCGCCGAGAAGUCUAUCGAAGUCGUAGCUGCUCCUGUAUUGGUUCCUUUGAAGAUGAUAUACCAUCUGUACCAAAUUGUCGAGUGGCUGACGUGAAAAGGCCCUACGUAUAAUAAAAAUGCUAAUGAAUUGUGUACCAUUUUCUACGAUUCGUUGGCGCGUUACGUUACGUUACAUUAAACCGUGUGUGCUGUGAUUUUACUCACAAAAUGUCUUGGUUGAUUGCAUUCAACUCGAACACAAGCUCCUUCGAGUGCUAUUUUAUUAGAUCAGAGACGUGUGAAAGAUGUGAUUUUAAUCUGACGUCUUAUAAAAGUUAUACUUUAUUUAGGUUCUACGUGUAUAUCGUAGCGAAAGCUUCGUAUAUAUAUAUCGCAGCUCCAAAGUUAGAGACGCGAGGCUAUACACGACGAGUUGAUUAAAUACUUAAAAUCGUGUUUGACAGUUUUUUAACAACGUUUGCAAAUUUCCUCUUCGAUCAUGUUGCUGUAUUUAUCUGCGAACACGAACACGACUCGAACAUGUACCAACGUCGACGUCGCGAACACGCGGUUAUUGCACCGGAGUCGUUACCAUGGGUACCAUUCAUCAAAAUAAAAACACAAAUGUGAAUGUGACAGCAGAAAAACUAUUCUCUUAUCACAGUUGUUUUUUCGCAUAUUUAGAUAACAUUUCUGCUGAUUAAUCGACGUCCAAAAUGUCGCCUAUGUCUAAUGGAAUGAUAUCAGCGUCGUCGAUCAACUCGCGUCCUAAUCUUAUGCCUAAUUGCAAAGUUCUAUCGAAAGCAUCACCUGAACAUCUGAAUUGGAUGAUUCAUGUAAAGUACAUCAGGAAGGAAUUCGACUUGUGUAAGAAAUUAGCCGAAGACGAACUCAAAAGGAGCAACGGUUAUAGCGAAUAUGCCAAUUAUAUUCUGGGUAAAAUACAUCAAGACAACGGUGAAAUCCAAUCGUCGUUGAAAUACUUCAAAAAAUGCGCCGUCAUCAAUCCACAAAACAUCGAAAAUCUCAAACAAACCGGACGCUGCUUAUUUCUCCUGGGUCGAUAUCAAUUAGCUUUGGAGAUGUUUUUUAAAGCGGAAAAGUUUUGCGAAAUUCCAGAUUGGAAUAUUUAUCAUCAUUUAGGAAUUUGUUACGUGAAGCUUAAGAACGAAGAUAAAGCUAAGGAGUAUUUGAAAAGAGCUGUGCAAUUGGGCAAAAAUGAAAAAUCGUUCCUCGAAUUGGCUACUUUGUACGAGUCUCGAUUAGAUUACGUUAAUGCUAUCGACGUUUACAGUACCGCUUUGAAGUUGUUUCCAGCCAGUACCGAAUUAUCGGUGAACUUGGGAUUGGUUUAUAUGAAAAUCGAAGACUAUAAAAAAGCGUUUAAUCAGCUCGGAUGCGCCAUUGCCCACGAUCCGACCAAUGCCGAUGCCCUGUUUACCUUCGCCGCUGAAAUACAAAGACACGGCGAAUACGACGUGGCAAUUCUCAAGUACAAAGUCGCUGCUCACCAGCUGCCGGAAUGCGCCGAAAUGUGGAAUAACAUCGGGAUGUGUUUCUUCGGUAAAAGAAAAUACGUAGCUGCGAUCACGUGUCUAAAGAGAGCUUAUUACCUGAAUCCUACUAAUUGGCUGACGACUUAUAAUUUGGGUUUGCUGCAUUUGAAUACUCGACAACACGCUUCAGCCGCGAUAUUCUUGUCAACGACUGUGAAAUUAAACUCUCAUCAUGGUCCUACGUACACCUUGCUCGCUCUUUCGCUGAAACACCUCGGAGACGUGUCGAAUUGCAAACGAUGUUUCGAAGAAGCGUUGAAACGAAACAAAGACGACAUCGAAGCGUGCGUUAAUUACGCUUUGUUUUUAUUUUCGCUAAACGAGAAAACACAGGCUGUCAAACAUCACUCGAAUUUUCUACAUUUACUCAACGUUUUACCCAACAUCGAUAAAGAGCUCAUUCAUAUGGGAAAUACGCUCACCGAAGCGUUGAAAAAUGACCAAAUAGAAGACAUUAAAGAGCCGGAGGAGCCGGAGCCGGAGCAGGAGCAGCAGAAGGAGAAAGAGAACUCGACGCCGCCGAACGAAGAAGCCUCCACGUCGACCAAAACCCCAGAUAAUCCUACGAACACAGCGACUGAAAAUGAGUUUGACACUGAUGAAGAGCUCGUGUAAAGAAUGCUCCUUCGCAGCGGGUCAUUUUUGCUACGUACGUCGUCGUACUCGACAAACAUUUUGUUAGAGGUAGAUGAUGUUACGUACAUAUAAAACUCUACAAUGAGCAUAUCUCUAUGAGAAUUCGUCGCAGCACCAAAAUGCUCGCAACUACAACAUCUUUUGAAAUGGACAUUUCUUUGAUGCUUGUUCUCCGAUGAUGUUUUCCAGAACAGAGGCGAAAAAACCCCGAAAGCUUUUGGUCCACGAUGAAGAUAAAACGUUAGUUCGGAUAUUUCGACGGCGGCGUGCAAACUGGAAAUGGCGUUGAACAUUUACCUACACAGGUAUGCUCGGUAAAGGCGGCGAGGUUCCCCCCCUCAACCCAAUCAUUCCGUCUCUUUUCAUUUUUACUUCUUCUUAGGCAAAAAACCACGCGAAGAAACUUUUUUAAUAUUUCAGUCAGUUUUACCUACUCGUCGUCGUUCUGUACAUAUAAUACGAGAAAUGUAAAACUUUGGCUGACGAGUUUGCUUUGAAGAAUUAAUGGAAACAAUUUUCAAAGCUUACUACACUAUUACCUACGUACCUACCUACCUCUAAAGAUGUUUAUGUGAUUUACUUUACUCUUCUUUUUGGCCUCUUUGCUCUCUUUCUGUCUUUGUUAUCCUUUUCGGUUUGUUUCUUUCUAUCUAUUAAACCGGGGUACUUAUUAUUAUUUUCUGUGUUCUUGUUCUCAUCUAUAUAACGAAAAAUAAAUUGAUUGUGAAAGUU